AUGUAUUACAAAAGUUCAUCAGUUAUCUUUUUUAUAUGGAUAAUAUUGAUCGAACAAUGUAUUUCAUUUCCUCAUCUAGCUUCUAAAAGAAAUUUAGAUUCAGAUCAACUAUCAGACCAUCCUUUUAUACCUCCAGGUCCAAAUGAUAUCCGUGGUCCUUGUCCAGGUAUAAAUACAUUAGCAAAUCAUGGCUAUAUUAAUCGCAAUGGAAUAACAAAUUUUAAUGAAUUAGUCACAGCGCAACAGGCCGGAUUUAAUAUUGCUCCUGAUUUAGCUAUAUUCUUAGCUACAAUUAACAUUGCACUCGAGGGUGAUAUAAUUACAGAAGAAAUAUCAAUUGGUAAACAAUCAUCAAAGGUACCUGGUAUUUUAACAAUACCUCCUGGGUUUAAUGGACACAAUAAAUUUGAAUGUGAUACAUCGUUAACAAGAAAUGACUUUUUUUUAGCAAAUGGUAAUAACUAUUUAUUUAAUGGUACAUUAUUUGGAAAGAUAUGUGAUGUAGCAGAAAAAUAUGGCGGUCUAUUUAACUGGGAAGCUAUGGCUGAAAUUCGUUAUAAUAGUUAUCAACAAUCAAUAUCAGAAAAUGGACAAUUUAUUUUUCCGUUGCAAGGACUUUUACUUUAUGGUGUUGCUUCAUUUUUUUAUGAAGUAUAUCCAAAUGCAACAGAUAUGGUACCGAAUUUAAAUGUGAUUGCACCAUUUUUUGAAGAUGAAGUUCUUCUUCUACCUGGUACUCAUAUGAUUGUUCAAUCACAAUUAAGUCCAGCACCUGAUCUUUAUAUUAUUCAUUUGAAACAAGUUAGACCUGAAAAAGUAUUACUUGAACCACCAUUUCCAGGUGCAUAUAUUUAUCCAAAAAUUAAGCGUCAUUGGUAUCAUAAGAAGAGAUUUAAUAUUCCGAUCAGUAUUUUGUGUACUCUCAUCAUCGCAGGAAUUAUUAUCGCAUCUGUAUUGGCAACAAGACCACACACAAAUCUACCAGUAUCGAUAUGUGACAAUCCUUUUCAAGCAUCAGCUUUCUAUCAGACUCGAUACAGACCAAUUUCUGCAACAUUUGGAUAUUUUAGAAGUGAAAGUCAAUUAGAUGUGGCAGUCGUCGCUGCUGACAAUACUGUCAGUUUAUUUCUUGGAAACAAAGAUGGUACUCUCCAAACUCCUGGGACUUACAAAGUCGGUCGAAUGCCCUCUUAUGUCACUUCAGGGGAUUUCAACAAUGAUAAAAACCUAGAUCUUGUAGUAUUCAAUUAUAUUGAUAGCAUUAUCUACGUAUUUUUUGGUGAUGGCAAUGGACUUUUUCCGACUUCAAUAAAUUAUACGCUUGAUAAAUGGCCUUCGUCGGCAAUAAGUGGUGACUUCAAUAAUGAUACAAAUCUAGAUUUACUUUUGACAGACUCCGUCAACAACAACGUUCUUGUAAUAUAUGGAAAUGGAAAUGAAAGUUUUCAAGCACCAAUAAACUAUAAAUCUGGUAACUGUCCACAAUUUGUUAUAUCUGCAGAUUUCAAUAGUGAUAAUAGACUUGAUCUAGUCGUAGCUAAUUCCGAUGAUAACACAAUCAGUAUUCUACUUGCUAAUAUUAAUGGAACUUUUCAAAUUUCAAUAGACUAUACGGUCGGCUACUAUCCAGUUUUUAUGUUGUCAGGCGAUUUUAAUAAUGAUAGCAAACUGGAUCUUGCCGUUGCAAACCGAGGUGAUAACAGUAUUAGCGUGUUAUUAGGAAAUGGAACUGGCACUUUUCAAGCUCCAAUAGACUAUAUAGUCAAUGGCGCUCCAUUUUGGAUGACAUGUGGCGAUUUUAAUAAGGACGGUAAAUUAGAUUUAGCAAUCAUCAUCCAAAAUAAUGACAUCGUUAGUGUUAUGUUUGGAAAUGGUAUGGGUAGCUUUGAAACUCCUGUAAGCUAUACAAUUGGUCUCUUUUCAAUGUCGAUUACAUCAGCCGAUUUGAAUAAUGAUAGUUAUAUAGAUCUAGUAGUAGGCCGUGACGAUAGCAAUUAUGUUAUUAUAUUAUUUGGUCUCAAACAUGGCAAAUUUCAAUACCCACAGCAAUAUAGUGUUGGUCAUUUACCAUGGUCUGUACAUAUAGCGGAUUUCAACAAUGAUAAAAAACUCGACUUCGCAGUAACUAAUUAUGCCGAUAAUACCGUCAGUGUACAACUUGGGAGUGGGGAUGGAAAUUUUCUAAGUCCUAUGAGUUAUAUGGUUGGUGUAUAUCCACGUGCUGUUUUAUCUGGUGACUUCAAUAAUGAUAAGAAACUAGAUUUGGUAGUUGCCAACUCCUUUGAUAAUACUAUUAGUGUACUACUAAGUCUUGGGAAUGGGUUUUUUCAAACUCCAAUAAACUACAUGGUUGGUAGCUGUCCGGGUGCUUUACUUUCCGCUGAUUUCAAUAACGAUAGUAAAGCGGACUUGGUUGUCGCUAAUUCUGAUGAUGUGACUAUUAGCAUGUUUCUUGCCGAUGUAAAUGGAAUUUUCAAGAAUUCAACGUUCUAUGCAGCUGGUCAUAAACCAUCAUCUUUAGCCGCUGGUGACUUCAACAAUGAUAACAAAUUGGAUAUCGUAGUAACAAGCCCUUACGAUAACAUCAUUAUGAUAUUAUUUGGUGAUGGGAACGGAGGAUUUCCAACUUCAAAGAACUAUACAGUCGGUAACUGGCCAAUUUCAGUUAUAUCUAAUGAUUUUAAUAAUGAUGGCAACCGAGAUCUGGCAGUAGCUAAUGAACACGACAGCACUGUGAGCAUACUUCUUGGGUAUGGUAAUGCAACAUUUCGAGCUCCUAUGAACUACUCAGUGGGCUUAUGGCCCAUAGCUAUUGUUUCUGGCGAUUGUAAUAAUGACAACAAACUAGAUUUGGGCGUGGUCAAUUCAGUCGAUAGUAGUAUUAGUGUAUUGUUGGGGCGGGGUGAUGGAAGCUUUCAAACUGCAAUAUCAUACGUAACUGGAAGUACACCGAGCUCUAUUGCAUCAGGCUAUUUGGGUCAAAAUGGAAAACUUACUGUAAUUGUUACAAACAGUGUAUCAAAUGACUUAUCUCUUUAUACGAAUACUUGCAAGAACUAA